GAGCACACACACACACACACACACACAUACACACGCUGUCUGUGCAGUGUGACCGACACAGACUCUAACACACACACUGCCAGGUACGUGUCGGGAUCUUUUCUGGUGGAUGCGCGGCUUGUGGACAAGGGAGGCAUGUGAACACCACAACAUUUCAUUCUGGUGACAUAUGAUCUUCUGCCUAAGGUGUAUCAUGGAUUUAUUGCUGAAUCACUAAGCAAGACAUUGGUACCUGAAGAAGAUUCCAAGACAGCUUCUGAUAGCACAAGUGAGAGACUGAGGGAGAACAAGACAAUGGCAAACAGCAGCAAGGAGCGCCUUUGUGGGGCUGGGGCUCCUCUUGGACACUCCAAUGGAUUUCCUCCCAGUGUCUAUCCUUUUGCCUUCAGUGGGGGAAUACGAAGAUCCCCACCAUUUGAGGUGCUUGCUAAUGGCGGUUUCUUCCGAAGCUUCCCCACUGACCUGCCCAAGGAGAUGGCAUCGCUGUGUGCAGCUCAUGAAUAUCUCCUGCAGAGGGAGCAAAUUGUCCAGCAGAUUCUGAAAGCAUUAACCAUGGGUGCAGCAGAGAGGAGUGCACACAGUGAUUGUAUCUCAACUGUAGAAACACAAAGUACCAGCUCGGAGGAAAUGGUGCCCAGUUCACCCUCACCACCACCACCUCCACGUGUUUACAAGCCCUGCUUCGUCUGCAACGACAAGUCUUCGGGUUAUCACUACGGGGUCAGCUCAUGCGAGGGGUGCAAGGGCUUUUUCCGACGCAGUAUACAGAAAAAUAUGGUAUAUACAUGUCACCGGGACAAGAACUGCCAAAUCAAUAAGGUGACACGGAAUCGUUGCCAGUUUUGCCGACUGCAGAAAUGCUUCCAGGUCGGAAUGUCUAAAGAGGCGGUGAGAAACGACAGAAACAAGAAGAAGAAGGAAAUAAAAGAGGAGGUGGUGGUACCAGACAGCUAUGAGAUGCCCCCGGAAAUGGAAGAGCUUAUUCAGAAAGUCAGCAAAGCACAUCAAGAAACCUUUCCUUCUCUCUGCCAGCUAGGCAAAUACACCACGAACUCCAGUGCUGAUCACAGGGUACAGUUGGACUUGGGCUUGUGGGAUAAAUUCAGUGAACUGUCCACCAAGUGUAUCAUUAAGAUUGUGGAGUUUGCCAAACGUUUGCCUGGAUUCACCACAUUGACCAUCGCUGACCAAAUCACCCUAUUGAAAUCUGCCUGCCUUGAUAUUCUGAUGCUACGGAUUUGCACACGCUACACUCCUGAACAAGACACCAUGACCUUCUCAGAUGGCCUUACUCUAAACCGUACCCAGAUGCACAAUGCCGGGUUUGGGCCUCUUACAGACCUGGUUUUUGCAUUUGCAGACCAGCUACUCCCAUUAGAAAUGGAUGACACAGAGACUGGACUUCUGAGCGCCAUCUGUUUAAUUUGUGGAGAUCGGAUGGAUUUAGAGGAGCCAGAGAAAGUGGAGAAGCUACAAGAACCACUUCUUGAGGCCCUGAAGUUUUAUGCUCGUCGGCGAAGGCCUGACAAACCUUACAUGUUUCCUCGUAUGCUUAUGAAAAUCACUGACCUGCGCGGGAUCAGUACAAAAGGUGCUGAGCGAGCAAUCACAUUGAAGAUGGAGAUACCAGGACCAAUGCCUCCGUUGAUUCGUGAGAUGCUGGAGAAUCCUGAAGCCUUUGAAGAUGGUGCUGAGACCCCUAAACCCAGCGAGCGUCCCUCCAGUGAGAGUAGUGAUGGAAGUCCCACAGAAGAAGAUAGCAGUGGCUCCAAGACCCCCUAAUUGUCCUUGAGAUACUGGGGAAAAGAUAUCCCAAAGCCAAAACACUUUGUAUGAGCCACAUCAGUUCUACCCAUUAUAUGAGGCAUUCUGGGGUACCUCAAAUCAAAGCAGGGUUCUGUAACCAUUCUAGUGGCUCAAUAGUGCUCUUAUGUACUGAGGCAAAAAGCCUUCCUCUUUAAGAGGUUGACUGGAAUAGACUGUGUUCUAACAUCUUUUCCUGAGGACCCUGGAGAUUCUUAUGCGUUCCUUUGCCAUGUCAGGCAGCUGAAAUGUCUAAAGACUCGUUGCAGUACAAGCGCAGAAGUCCCUGAUGUUACAGGAGAACUUGGAUAUUUCUAAGGAGUCUUCUCCACCCUCAGCAUUUUGCCAAAGAUUAUGAUGACCUUUGACCCUCCAAAAAGAGAAAUAAAAGGUCUUGCAGCUGAAUGGCACAAGCAUCUCAAGUAGAAUAAUACCAGCAGCAGAGAGACGGCCUUUAUCUCUGAAUGGGUCUGAAGCACAUUGCUCGGUGUGUGUGUGUACAUAUGCAUAUACAUAUUAAUAUACAAGCACACACAUUUAUAUAUAAAUAUAUACACACAUGUAUGUAUGUGCGUUAUUAAAUAUAUUUGCUAUUGCAUUGUUUUUAUGCUUUUUUUUCCAUUGGCUGAAACGAGGUCAUAUGACUAUAAAUAAAGCCUGUUAAUCAUUUGCAAUGACAUCAUUGAAUGUGCGUUGAAGUAUGAAAUAUUUUGCACAAUAGAAGACACAUUUUUCAGCAUUUGGUACAAUAACAUACAUUAAUGUAAUACAGUGUAUAACCUAACCAUGGUGGAACUGAAAGUAUACCCCAAAACACUCCUAUUCAUUUAUACUUCAUGUUACUGAACUUUUGUAGCCAUUUUGAUGGGACCAUAUGGGGGCAAUUCUGGAUGCUUAAAAUAAUCCCAGGAUGCUAAACAUUGUGUAAUUUUGUAACUUGCAAUAAAUUAAAUGCAUACGUGCA